AUAAGGGGUGAGGGGGAGGAAGGGAUGGGGGAGAGGAAAGGGGGAGGAGAGGGGAAGGGGGGCGUGGGGGGGUAUGUGUUGCGCGUGGUGGGGGAAGCGGGGGAGGGGAAAGGGGGGAGGCUGGUGGUGGUGCGGCUGCGGCAUCGGCUGGCCAAUGAAUGGUCGCCAGGUGUCGUGAUGAGAAUCGACGAUGAAUGUGCGGGUGGGAGUCCGGCAGUGAAGAUGCCGUCUCAUGUGGUGGUGGUGGGCGGGGAGGAGAGGGCGGAAGGUGAUGGUGGUGCUUCUGUUGCUGGCGGUGCUGCUGGUGAUGGCGGUGAUGCUGCUGCAACGGGCUUGAAUAAAGUGAUUCUGCAAUUGCCUUAUGUCUCCCAUGCUGCUUCUGAUGAUGUUGGUACUGCUGCUGCCGCACUGGUCUCCCCAUGUCUCUUCCACAUGGCUGCUGCAUCGGAGUUUGCAGUGGAGGCAGCCUUUCUGGCAGACUGCACGCAGCGACUGCAGAUGACAGAGGGCUAUCUUGAGUUACUCACAGUGCCACCAGGGUACUACUCCCUCUUCCUCCCAUGGGACAAUGAAACCAUCUCCAUCCGCGUCCUGCCUCCUCCUCCUUCCUCCACUGCUCACUCUCUCUUAUCCACUUCCGCGCAUCCCACUCUUGCAUCCACCCCUGCCUCUCUCCCCUGCCUCGGCUGGGCCGUCUACUUGGUGCACAAAGAACUUCGAAAACCGCUGCCCAAGAGCAUGCUCACCAUUUGCGCUGCUGCUGUUGGUGGGAUUGGGGCGGUGCCAGGUGGGAGAGGGGGAGGGGGAGGGGAAGUGGGGCAGGGAGGGGGAGGGGGAAGGGGAGGAGGUGGGGGAGGGAAGGGGGGGAGGAAGGUUAUGUGGGUGAAUCUUGGGAGGGGUGGCGCGAGCACACGUGUGCAAGUGGUGGCGCGGCGAGGCAUGGUGGCCAAGGCUGUGACUGGUGCCGAUCUGAGUAUGUUUGGGGGGGGUGGAGGAGAGGGGGAGGGUCGAGGAAGUGUGGAGGGGAGCCGGGUGGGGGGGGAAGGAGGGCAGGAGGGGAGGGUGGGGUUGGAGGAGGUGGAGAGUGAGUAUGGCGAGAAGCAGCUGAUGGAUGAAGAGAUCAUCACACCCCUUUCCAUGCAAUCCCCUUCCCUCUCCCCCAGCUAUGUGCAGAACCGCCAGAAGGCCCUCACCAGCAGCAGCGGAGCAACAGAGCGUGUGGGGCAUCUGCUCCCCCUUCCUUCCCUCCUCAUCCACCCGCGUGUCACCGCUGCCAGCACCACCAAGCGCACCCCUCCCCCUCCACGCCAACUCCACUCCGACCCCGCUGCUAAGAAGAAGCAGAUGAUGGGAGUGAUGCUGCAGCGGAAUCUGAUCGACAAGGAUAUGAUGGUGGAGCGAGAAUGCGCAUCCAUGGCAAUGUUUGCUGCACCGCGAGCCGCCAUGUGUUUCGCUGCCCCGGUAGGGGGAAGGGAAAGGAUGUAUUGUGGUGGGGGUGUUGGUGCUGCUUGUGGCUUUGCCUCCUCGUUCCAGUCAAGUCCCUCUCCCAAACACACCCCGCUCUUUGCACCGAGCCCCAUUCUUCUUGCCAGUUUGAGGCCGGUUGGAAGGGAGGGGAGAAUGGGGGAUGGAGGGGAGGUCGAUGAGGGGGGGAUGGAUGGGUGGGUUGCGGUUCCGAGGUCCUCCCUGCCACAUGGAGCCUGUCAUUGA